GAAGACAAUGAGUUUGACGCCUUGUUCCUUGUCUUCUGCCCGCAACGUUAAACUCGCCACAUCAAAGCACUAGCACCUUAGACACGCUCUUCUCGCUAUACUACUCCAUAACACAGUACAUACUGUGCUCUUACAAGCAUCUUCGGUGACAAGCUUAGUCUUGGGACUGGACAGCUGGAAGAAGCAGAUAGAAGAUAAUGAAUCGUUUGAGUCGGGAUGUCUCAGGGCGUGUCAAGCGCUUUAGAGUUGAUGUUACGAAGCGCAAAGCAUCCGAUACCGAGUCAUCUAUCCCUCCUACAAGCGUCCGUCGCAAGAAAUCUCGUUCACCUUCGAGGAGUAGGACGAGAGCAGAUCCUUUCGUGCUGUCGUCUUCAGGAUCCGUCAAAAAGAAGAAAUCUGCGAACACUACUGCUUUUAACGAAACCCCCAUCGUGGCAGAGGACGCACCUGACCAUGGCCAUCGAAUGAAAGCCGGCCAAUCAAAGCCUUCCGGCAUACAUUCACGCUCUUCCAGUGUUGCACCGACCUCGACGAGUCACCGAAGUAGGAAAGAGAAGGAGGGAGAAUGUGAUGGAGACCGUUCGCGCUAUUCUUCUUCCGAGAAGGAUGGUGACAAGAAGGUCGUCAUGUAUUCAGGACCGUUGGCGAUGGCUGAGUUCGAGCGAAUGAAGAGAGAAAUCGAACAACUGAAGAAGACUGUUCACGACAAUAAGAAGACUAUCAAGAAGCAAAAUGAGACUAUAAAGAAUCUGAGGACUGAACUGGAUUCUGAAAAACUUGCUAUAAAGAACCAAGAGACUCAGUUGGAGACGCUGAAGACAAGGUCACGACAGAAGGAAGAAGUUCUUGAGACCAUUGAGGCCAACCUUCAGUGCCAGAUAUGUAUGGAACUGCUCUUCAAACCUUAUGCUUUGUCACCUUGUGGUCAUGUCCUUUGCCUCUCAUGUCUACAAGAGUGGUUUCGGAAAGCUCCACCGUCAGCUGACGAUAUGGAGAUUGAUGAGGACAUCAAUGAUCCAGAAUAUAUCAUUCAUCGUCAGAAAUCGUGCCCUUGUUGCCGUGCUGUGAUUUAUGACCGACCCGUCCCUGUGUUCCUCGUCAAGUCAGUUGCAUCCACGUUGAUAAAGGCCAGAGGACCUGGGCAUACUGCGGCAAGUCCACUUUCGCACAUGGCCGGCUCAUCCUCCGCGACUACGGAUGAUGUCUGGAAGGGACUUUUUCCCGACGACACCUGCGAAGAGGAGGAGCAGGAGGAAUAUGACUAUGAUGAUGAAGUGAUUCGGUGGUUCACAGCCCCAUAUGAUGAUUCUGAUGAGUACGAAAGCUAUAGUAGCGAUGAGGACGGGUCGAUGGGCGAAUUAGAGGACGAUGUCGACAGCACUCAGUACGUCCAACCCGUCUGGGAGCCACCCACAGUCUACUAUCGCGCGCGGUCAAGACACAGUUUGCAAUUUACUCAGAUGAUGCGCCGAGGAUGCACACGCGAGAUGAUUAAUACAUAUGGGAUGACUUACACUCACGAAGACGGCCUGGUUGCCUACGUCUAUACCUUGGAUUCCGACACCCAUGUCAGGCCGUACCGACCGGCUGAUAGACAGCACAUGAUUAGCCUCUUUUUGGGGUGGAACGUUGUACUGGAGCCCCGCGAUCACGACGGACACGGUUUCAUGAACCAGCUUCUAAUUGACUACCGCGAACAUCCAGAAAGAUUCUCCACACAUCGCCUAGGUGCCUCGUUGGAAAUCAAGAAGCUGGUGAGGGAAGAUGAUGUACAAGCAGUUUCAGAUGAUGAGCCGACAGACUCGGAGUAUUGGCAUGAUAAUCGUCUAGACUCGGACUUUUAAGACUUAGAAUAAAGAUAUCCGUGUACAUGUUCUGUAAACUAUUCUGUACUUUUUAUGCGCGUCGAUACCGGGAUCAGUUGAGAUUUUUUACUGCCUCUGGUCGUUCUGGCUCGCUCUGUCCAUUAUACCACAAGGUCGUAAUCCCAUCUUAUUCUUUGUCACUUUUUUCGAUAAUGUAUAUCUCUUUUUCAGGUGGACACUACCCAAUCACCUCAUAUCCAUAGUUAUAUUUCUGCUACAGGUCGCAGUAGCAAAUUGAACUCAACAAGUGAUACUAAAAUACU